GCCUGUUUUGUAGAGAAAAUGGAGCAAAAACAACGCUCAGCGCAAAAGCAACAACAAAGAGAGACAAACAUAGCAACAGCAACAACUGUUGAAGCUGAAGAUGAGGAAGAAGGUGGACCACUCGAUGUGGCUAUGCUGCAAUCCAACAGCAUUACUCCUAAUGACAUAAAGCUUCUGCAAAAUGCAAGCUUGCAUACUGUCGAGUCGGUCUCAUUUGCCACGCGAAGACAACUACUGAAUAUUAAAGGAUUGGGUGAAUCCAAGGUGGAUCAACUAAUGCAAGAGGCGACAAAACUGGUACCAUUAAGCUUUACCAGCGCACGCACCUUUCAUCAAAUGCGCUCGGAAGUUGUUAUGAUAUCAACAGGCUCCAAAGCUCUGGACAAACUACUCGGUGGCGGCAUUGAAACGGGCUCCUUAACCGAAAUCUUUGGUGAAUUUCGUUGUGGCAAAACGCAAAUUUGUCAUACAUUAGCCGUGACCUGUCAACUGCCAAUAAGUCAAAAUGGUGGCGAAGGCAAAGCUUUGUAUAUAGACACUGAAGGCACUUUUCGACCGGAGCGCUUGUCUGCCAUAGCGCAGCGUUACAAUAUGCAAGAAGCUGAGGUGCUUGACAAUGUGGCAUGUGCCAGAGCUCAUAAUACGGAUCAACAGAUGAAGCUGAUACAAAUGGCAGCCGGCAUGAUGUUUGAGUCGCGUUAUGCCGUAGUUAUUGUGGACAGCGCUAUGGCGCUCUAUCGUUCCGAGUACAUAGGACGAGGUGAGCUUGCAGCUCGUCAAAAUCAUUUGGGGUUAUUUCUGCGCAUGCUGCAGCGUCUAGCGGAUGAAUUUGGCGUAGCAGUGGUCCUAACCAACCAGGUAACUGCUCAAGUCGAUGGUGCAGCCAUGUUUGCAGCCGAUACGAAAAAGCCAAUUGGUGGCAAUAUAAUGGCUCAUGCCUCAACCACACGACUGUAUCUGCGCAAGGGCAAGGGGGAUGCGCGCAUUUGCAAAAUUUAUGAUUCGCCGUGCUUACCUGAAUCAGAAGCCAUGUUUGCUAUACUGCCCGAAGGCAUUGGCGAUGUCAAGGAAAAGUGAUAUAUAUAUAUGUACAUAUAGUUAUAAGGAUGCAUCUUGAUUUGCUCAAUUGUUAUUUUAACAAACGUUGAACGACUGCAAAUAAAAUAAAGUUUUA